AUGGAUUACUUAGAUUGUGCUUGUUUCACAGGACGAACAAGUAUUCCAAUUAGAUGUAUUGUUGAAAGGGUUAGUCCAUUGGUUAGUAAUAAUCUCACCUCACCAUCUUCACCAACAUCACCACCAACAAAUGUCUCUUCAAAUUCAACUACACCACCAGUGACAAUAACAACAACACCAACCUCACUUUUACCACUUUCAUCUUCAUCUUUACUUUCACCUACAAGUAAUUUGACAACAACAACAACAUACUACAACUACUACAACCACCUCUCCAUCAUCAUCAUCAACCUUACCUGUUUACCAAUAUUUCCAAUAAAUUGUGGUGGAUCAUCGAUUGGAUCAACUUCUUGUAAUCCUAAUGCUAAUUUAACUACACACGAAUUAAUAUCGGAUGGUACAACAAUCGAUUCUAAAACUGAUCCAUUGGCAAUAACAUCAUCAUCAUCAUCUUCAUCAUUAUCAUCUGUUACACAAUCAGUAAAUUGUUUCAAUACGAUAAACAAGACAUUGUCACCAAGUCUAAUAUCAAAAGAAAAUUUAAUUACACCAACAACAUCAUCAUCAUUAUCAUCUGCUGGUGAUAAAAACUCAGGUGAAGGAGGUUGCACUGUAGGGAGUGAAAGUGUUGCUGAAUUAAAAUCAGUUAAUUCAACCAGCACCAGUAAUUGUAAUAAUAUUGUUGAUGAAAAUAUUGAUGUUAAUCCUGCCAAUUUAACCAAUAGUAAUAAUAAUUGUAAUCUUGAUGAGAAUAAUAUUAAUAACAACAACAGCAACAGCAACAACAACAACAACACCAGUGGUAGUGUCAAUGUUACCGGUAAUAUAACAUCAAAUGGUGAUUCUUGUGUUAAUCUUACAAUAGGAGAGAAAUCAAUCAAUAAUAAUACCAGAAGUCCUGAUAAUAAUAACACAAGUAACAGCCCGAACAAUCAACGACAAUUAAACAUUUCCCCGUUACAAGAUUUAAGUAAUAAAAUCAAUAGUGAAUCAAUUUCUGUUGGACAAUUAUCACCAACAUCAACACUUCGUAAUCUAUUUGGACUAAACAAUAAUCCAUUCCAGUUGAAUCAUUUAAAUCUCAAUCAAUCACCUCUUAAUUAUCUCAAUCAUAACAACCAUCAUCAUCAUCAUCAUCAUCAUCUUCACCAUCAUUCAAACCUUUUAUCCACAAAUUUUGAACAUUCCUCGACUUUAAAUCAACAACAACAAUCAAACGGAGAUUCAUCACCAGGUAAUUCUGGUUCAUCAAGAACUUUUCCAGCCUCAAUAUCUCCAUCGGGUGUUGUUGAACAAGAUUCUUUUGCAAUAAUUACUUCGGGAAUAUUAUUUUCCAAUUUAGUGAAAACUGCCCUUCUACAUUUAGGAUAUUCAACAUCCGAAAUCACUGGGGCCAAAGGAUUUAUCCAAUUGAGGAACUGGAAACCAUUAACACUGGACCAAAUAACUGAUUCAGUUGAUGCCACUGUGGGCGACAUAAUGGGAGAUAUUAGUUCAAUUGCGAGUCUAAGAAUCAUUUUGUCCAAGUAAGUGUCGCACAAAAUG